UUCAAGCUCACUCCCCAACUUGUUGGAAAUUGGAAGACUAGAAUAUUCCAUUUUAAUUUGUAGUCACAUUUCAAAUUCUAUCCUGCAAACGCGACCCUGUUUCAACAGCUGAUCAUUAAUUUGCUCCUUUGUAGAGUACCUAUAUAAAUAAGAGUGCUCUCCCACAAACCCUCCUAAUUUCCAACUCUCCAAACCAAGCUCCAAAUUUUGACCAAUGACAAGCAACCAAACCCACUCUUUGUUUCGCAUGCGCCUUGGUUCAGCCUUAAGAACCACCCUGGCUUGCACCAUAGUGGGCUGCAUCGCCCUCUACGGCCCCGUCUCAGUCCGCCAGUUACUCCCAUUUCCAGCUUUCUCGUACGUGACAACAAUCCUAAUCGUCUCUGACGCUACUCUUGGUGAAACCUUGAGAGGCUGUUGGCAUGCUUUGUAUGCCACAAUCCAAGUCAUGAUCCCUUCCACGGGGCUUUUAUAUGUAGUUGGGCCGGCCAGGUUCACGCGUGGACUGGCGGCACUGGCGGUGGCUGUGGGUGCUUUUCUUGUGGCCCUGCCAAAGUCCACUCCGAUGAUGACCAAGCGGAUUGCCUUUGGACAGCUUGUGAUUGUAUACGUGGGUGCUGUAGUUCUUGGUGAAAAAGCAGGAGUGUUCAUGCACCCAAUUCAUGUGUCUUUGAAUACUGCCUUGGGAGCUUUGGCUUCUGUCUUGGCUAUGCUGUUUCCCUUCCCUCGCUUGGCUUACUUUGAGGUCAGGAGAACAUGUAGAUUAUAUGCUGAGAAUGCUUCAGAAAGAUUGAAUCUCCUUGUGGAAGCCCUCUCUGCUGAAGAUAAACCAACUGCAGCUGGCUUAACUUCCCAAUCAAACUUUGUUUCUAAAGCUGGAUCCAAACAUCUUCAAAGCAUUAAACAUAACCAAGUAGGUGUGCAGUGGGAGAAACCAAAUUUUAGUCUCUUCAAACGCUGCUGCAUCGACCCAGGAGAAAAGUUGCAGGGCGUGGAAAUCCUGAUGAGAGGGAUGGGAAUUGCAAUAAACUCUCAACGUUCCUUCCCCGUUGGCAUCAUUGAUGAAGAGCUAAGACAUGUUUUACAGAGCAUGAAAGCAAACAUAAACCUAAAGCUAGAGCAUGCCAAGUGCUUUACACCUUUCAGCACAACAGUCCCAGAGAUGAAGGGAGAAACUUCUGAGCAACCCUACUCAUUGCUACACAGAAUAAACGCCACAACCCACGAAGACCUCCCGUCUUUCUUCUUUCUCUACUGCAUGGAACUCCUCCAAGAUAACUCGCACAUCAGUCGACCUCCAACAUGUACACCAGCGAAUCCACAGAAUUCAGAUGCGAAAGAAACAGGCGAUUCGAAAAAUCAAGCUACAUCCAUUCUCAAAAGGUUCAGGGAUAGUCAGAUUAUAAAAGCAAGUAGCGAAAGACUGAUUUUUGCAACCAAAUGUUCCCUUUCUCUGGGACUUGCUGUGCUAUUUGGUUUGAUAUAUGAUAAAGGAAACGGUUACUGGUCAGGGCUUACAAUUGCUAUCAGUUUUGCAGCCAGACGACAAGCGACAUUUACGGUUGCAAAUGCCCGAGCACAAGGAACGGCAAUGGGAUCAGUCUACGGAAUCUUAUGCUGCUUUAUUUUUGGCAGAUUUUUGGAGUUGAAGAUCUUACCUCUCCUGCCAUGGAUUGUUUUCACUAGUUUUCUGAGAUAUAGCAGGAUGUAUGGCCAAGCUGGAGCAAUUUCAGCAGUAAUAGGGGCAUUAUUGAUACUUGGGAGGAAAGGUUAUGGCUCUACAAGUGAUUUUGCAAUUGCCCGCAUCACAGAGGCAUCCAUAGGAUUGAUUAGCUUCAUCAUUGUCCAGAUUCUAUUGGAGCCAACAAGAGCAGCAACGCUUGGGAAAGCAGCACUUUCACAAACCUUAGGAGCACUUCAAGAUUGCAUAGAAGAGAUAACCCUUUGCAGCAGCCAAAAGGGGACUCUGGAUUCCAAGUCACUGGCCUUGAGGGAAAAGCAGAAGUUGUUGGAAUCCCAUCUUGAUGAACUAGAAAACUACAUCAACGAGGCGAAGUUGGAGCCUAGUUUCUGGUUCUUGCCAUUUCCUUGUGAUUGUUAUGACAAGCUCCUGGGAUCUAUAUCAAAGAUGGCAGAUCUACUACUAUUUGCAUCCUACACAAUCGAAUACAUCUCUCAAGAAUCAAAGACAUUUGAAGAGCCUUGGCAGGCGAUCCAAGAUAAUGUCAAUGAUGAUCUAGACCUUUUCCAGGAAAAGGUUAGCUCUGCACUUAAAUGCUUAAGGGAUGUAGUUUCGAUCAAGUCCCUUGAAGUACUUGAAAAAGAGUUGAAAAAGAAAAACAUGUCUCAUGAUGUUGAGCUGGGAAAACCAUCGCAAGAUGUGACUAGGAAGUUGGGUCCAGAUGAAGGGGAGGUGGAGGAGAUCAUAAACUCGUUUCUUCAACAUCCUAAAGCAAUAGCUAACAGAAUUCAUACCAACGACAGCAACGGUGAGCAGGAGAGACAGCUGGCUAUUUGUCUAAGUGGCUUAGGAUUCUGCAUCAGUGGGCUGAUGAGAGAAAUCAUAGAGAUUGAGAAAGAAAUAAAUGAACUAGUUAAAAGGGAGAAUCCGACCAGACACAUUAAUUUGCGUGAGAUUUCCUGCACAAUGACUGCGGUGCACACAAAAUAAUCCAACACUACAACUCCUAGUGACAUAAGAAGUUGAUGCUGUUAUGCAAUGUGCAAGAGAAGAGCUGCUAAAUUACUCAUUAUUAACUUUUAAAAGCAUUGGCUACCGAGUAACAUACAUCUACAGCAUAAAAUGUAACUAUGUAAGUUUAGUAAGAAGCACAAGGAUAUGCAAGGUUACCCCAGCAGUUUGUAUAUUCAUAAGCCUCAUAUGCCUUGCCUAUAUGCCUUGUGCGGUUUUGCCACAAGGCAACAUCGGUUGGAACAAAUUCUCGAACGUAGGGGAACAAAGGAAGCAUGCCUUUCGCCAUGCUAUUUGUAAAUCAAAGGAUUUUCUAAUUCACCUCAAACAAAUUCCACCAUUUGUGCCUUACCUUCUCUAUGAACAUUAUUAUAAAGCUUAACUCGAUUUUUUUAUUUUUUAUUUUUAUGAAUCAAGUUGUGAAACCAAGUGGAAAGAAAUUUCCACUCAGAAUCUCCUAACCUAAAAACAUAUUUCUAAGACCACAUUUGGCAUGUUCCACCAUCACAAUAUCACUGAUUCCACCACCUGUGGUCCCUAAAUUCAGAGAUUCAAACACAACCAGAACCCUCGUCUAGGAAAAUUGCAAAAGCAGCAUUGCCAGUUAUUCAGCCCAAGAAACAAAACUAAACUAAACUAAAAUUUAUAGCUGUUAAGUUUCAAACAUAAAGCACAUAAAACGACAUAUAUGGAUAUGAAGUGUCUACCAAAAUAAAAUAAACUAAAAUUUAUAGCUGUGAAGAGACAUCUCAACUAAAACAAUUCACAUCCAAUUGCAAAGCACUCGGUCAAAGAAAACAAAAAGACUCUUAGUUCCCUUCAUAUUUGGGAUCAGCCACUACAUAAUGAUAAGCAAUUACCAGUGCGAAAAUGAAGAUACC